AUGAUCUCAUCGGAAUGGGGAGCUCCAAAUGUGAUCAAAAAAGGCUUUAACCCGGAGCAUGUGGUAGAAGGUAGUUAUGGUCAUUCUCUGCAUGUAUUCAAAUGGUCUACUCAUGAGAAGCUGCAAACUAUUGAACUACCCAUGGGCAACGGAGCGCUUCCAUUAGAAGUGAGAUUCAAACACGAUCCAACUAGCCCUUAUGCAUUUGUGGGCAGCGCUCUAGGCUCAAGCAUUAUUUUACUAAAGCCGGAAACAGAGGGUUCCAACUCAUCUUAUGUGGCUGAAUGUGCUGUGCGAAUCCCUCCAAAGCAGGUGUGGCAGAUUCUCGAUUUUCAAACUACUACUUGGCCCGAUCUGUCUUUUUCCUCACAUCAUAAUUCUAUAGAAGCUCCGUAA